CUCCUAAAAGUCUCCUUCCCUGCGCGCCUCUCACCCUCACUGUUCAGCAGAGGGACCGGAGGAGGACAGUUGGAGGAGACGCGACUGUCUGCUGCAACCGGCUCCCUGGCAGCCGUUUCUCGGUCACAAUGAGCACGUACGGGUCCCAGCAGAUGCUCAACUCAGGCCGGAGGGCCAGCUCCAAGGGCCAACUCCCUGACCUUGGCGGCGGGGGGACCUACCAUUACGCACGGAGCGACGCGGGCCACGGAGGCGGUUAUGGAUACGAAUUUGGCGAGGGAUACAAAACCAAGUCACUUUCGAGGUCGAUGACAACGAAGGGGGGGAUGAUGAUGAUGAGUAGCGGCAUGGGGAGCAGCUCCAAUGGCGGAAGCAGCCCCACCGUGUCCAUCGCCAACAGAGCCACACAGCAGCAGAUUCUCUGCAAUGAGUACCUGAAGAAGGCCGAGUUCGCCAUUCAGGCUGGCUCGGGUGAUGCUGAGCACUAUAUGGAAUUGGCCAGAGAGGCCAUCGAGAAGUUAAAAUACUUCGCCCUAGAGUUGCGUCAAAUGGGGCAACCCUUUGACGGUCUAAUGAGAAAUGUGGACCUCUACACUGAUCAGCUGAAGGAGGUCCACAUGGUCAUGUCGGGCACCAUGCAGAGGAGGAAGAGCAUGAGCAUGAGCAGGAGAAAGAGCUCUGGAGGCUGGGAAGAAUCAGCAAGGAGCUAUAAUGAUGCUAUGGCUUGGAUCGCUCAGCAAAAGCGGUUAAUUGAAACAACUGCCUGGGCAGACGACCCUGGGGGCCUAGAGCAGCAGCUUAUCAAUCACCAGAGGUUUCACUCCUCGAUCCAGCGGUCCCCUGAGGUGCAACGAGCAAUUGAUGAAAUGAGAAAAUUGGGAGACAAACCCAACAAGUAUGCCCUGGAACAGGAGUGGGACUCUUUACAGAAAAUGUCCAAUUUACAAACCGAGCAGCUGCGAGAGACGAUUCUGUUUCUCGAGGAAAUAUCCAAAGAGAUCAUGUGGGUAAACGAAAAGGAGGAGGAGGAGCUGAUGUUCGACUGGAGCGACAGGAACAUAGAAAAAUACAUCCCUACGAAGCAGGAGAGCUACUCGCAACUUAUGAGUGCCCUGGAGACCAAAGAGAAGGAUCUGCAUAAACUUCAGACUAAAGCAAAAACACUUUUGAAAAAAGCCCACCCUGCCUCUGAUAAGAUUGAGGCUUACAUGGACACUUUGCAGACUCAGUGGAGCUGGCUUCUUCAAAUUACAAUGUGCAUUGAAACUCACCUGAAGGAGAACGCAGCUUACUGCCAGUUCUUCAGAGAGGCUAAUGAUACGCACAAAGCUUUGCAAAACCAACAUGAGAUAAUCCGAAAGACAUUCACUUGUAACAAGGACACUUCGAUGGAGGAUCUAAAGGAGCUCCUUAAAGGCCUGGAGAGGGAAAAGGAGAAUAUCACAGACUUAAAGCGGCAGGUUCAACACCUGACUGCCAAGUCAAAGACGAUUGUGAGGUUGAAACCUCGAAACCCGCAGGAAAAGAGCAGCAGUGGCAUCAUCGUCAAGGCUCUGACUGACUUUAAACAAGACCAGAAGGUGAUCCGAAAAGACAACGAGGCCAUCCUGAAAGACAACAGUCAGCGCAGUAAAUGGAGUGUAACCGGCCCGGGAGGGAUCGAUAUGUUGAUACCUUCUGUGUGUCUGAUUGUACCGCCUCCUAAUCCACUGAGCAUCAGCCUCGCCAACAAGAAUGAGCAGUAUUACGAGGCCAUCAUGUCCCUCUGGAAUCAGCUGUACAUCAAUGUUAAGAGUCUCAUUGCCUGGCACUAUUGCCUCAUGGAUAUCAAUUACGUCAACUCUCUCACCGUCUCGAUGUUGUCCAAGAUGCGUCCUGAGGAGUACCGUCAGAUCAUGAAGAAGCUGGAGACCCACUUUGAGGAAUUCAAAAUUAUGAGCCAUGGCUCGGAGAUGUUUGCUGAUGAGGACAAAAGGAGUAUUGAGAACCAGGUUGCUGGAGCCCAGGCCCAUUAUGACAAACUGGUGGUGGAGCUGCCCACAUAUUCUGGACAUCAGGAGCAAAUAGAGGUUCAACAAAUUACUGAACAUCAGGUUCAACCACAGGUGUACUUCAUACAACAACAACCCCAGCAACACCAGGUACUGCUACUGCAACAAGAACAGCAGCAACACCAACUGAUGCUACUACAGCAACAGCAACUACAGCAACAGCAACUACAGCAACAGCACUUACAGCAACAGCAACUACAGCAACAGCAAAUACAGCAGCAGCAGCAACGAGAACAAGAGCAACAGCAGCAAGCGGCAGCAGAGGAGGAGGCCAGGAGGCUGGAGGAAGAGAGGCGUCAAGCAGAGCUUAAAAAGCAGGUUAAGAAAGAGACGGCUGAGAAGGAGCACACAAUCAAGAGAGAAGUGGUGAAAGUGACCAAAACAGAACAAAAGAGGAAGACUUCUUCCUCCUCCUCCGCCUCUGCGUUUUCCUCAUCAUCUCAGCUCUUAGCUGAGCUGCAUGCCCUCAGACUGAGAAUGGAUGCUGCUGAGGGUUCGCUCAGUCAGUAUGUUCACGUUUGCUUCGGAGAUGACGGGGCUCAAGACUGUGGUCUAAGGAUCAUUCAGCUAGAGUCGGUACAGGAUGACGUUGACUCGAUGCGUGAUGCCUAUAUACGUUUAAGAGAGCGUAUCUUGCAAGAGCUGGAGAACAUGAAUGAUCAAGAUAAAGCACAGUUCCUCCGCAGUGAAAUUGGAGUGAUCAACCAGAGACUGGGCAGUCUGGAGAGCAGCUCAUCCGCAUACGUACUAAGGCUGCGGGCUAUAAGGGACAUGCUGGAGAGCAUAGAGCGAGUUGAGGACAUAGUUAAAGUUCAUGAAGCCAGACUGACAGAAAAAGAGACCACUUCUCUUUCUCCAGCUGAAGUAAUUGAAUACAUGGACUUCCUGAAGAAAAUGAAAGCAGAGCUGGGGCAAAGGAGAGAUCUUCUGGCCUCCAUGGAGUCAGAGCUGUCCAAAGCAAGCCACUGGAACAGUCAAAUGAGCGGCUCCUUCCAUAGAUGUGACCUAAUGCUUUCAAAUUUCACUGAGAAGGUGGGCUUGCUGUCUGACCGCUGGAGACGGAUCCAGGCACAGAUUGACACCAGGCUGCAAGAUUUGCAGAUGUAUCUGCCUCAGUUGGAGCACUACAAGGAAACCAACACCUCUAUCACCGAAUGGAUUGAUGCAACACGUAGAAAACAGGACACCCUGCAAGCCACCAAGAUAGAGAGCAUCGAAGCACUACAAGAUCACAUUAACAACCAAAAGGCUCUGAACACAGAAAUCAAGGCAAAGCGGGAGACGGUGGACAGUGUGCUGAGAGAUAAUGUGACAUGUGUGAAUACUAUCAAGGACUAUGAAACAGACCUAAAUUCUUACACCUCUGGGUUAGAAACACUGCUCAACAUCCCCAUCAAGAGGACAAUGCUUAAAUCACCGUCCAUGGAUCUUAACCAAGAGGCUAUACACCUUCAAACUCGUUACAUGGAGCUACUUAUUAUUUCUGGCGACUACUACAAAUUCCUUGGACAGUUGCUCAAAAACAUGGAGGAGCUUAAGAUACGCAACACACAGAUCAAUCUGCUCGAAGAUGACCUUCGCCGUCUGAGAGAGGAUAUGCAAGAGCGAAAUGCAGAAAACAAAUCGCUGGAAGAGGCUGUAGCUCAAUUCAAGUUGCAGCUUUCGCUGUCGCAGGAGCAGUUGUUAUCACUUGAAGAGGUGAAGCAAACAACUGCGCUGCAGUGCAGCGCUACUAAGGACAGCCUAGACUCCACUCAGAGCCAGCUUGCUGAUCUCAACAGUGAGGUGGAUCGUCUCAAGUAUCUACUUGCUGAAGAGAAAAGGAAGACAAAGCUGGCAGAAGAGCGCUACACUCAGCAGCAAGAGGAGUAUCAGUCAGUGCUAGGAAAGAGGCAGAAAGAGCUGGAGUCGGUCAACUGGUCCAAGAUAGAAGUGGACAAGAGCUUGAAAAAUAUGGAGCAUGAGAAUGAGCAGCUGCGGCGGCAGCUGACUGAAGAAUCAACAAAGUUGAUGGAACUUCAAAAAGAGAUAUCAAAGAAAAAAGUAACAAUACAGUCCCUCCAGUCCCAGUACAACGAGAUCGUAAGUGAGAGAGAUAUUCUGUUGCAGAAAUUGCAGAGGUUGGAAUUGGACAGAGAGCAAAUGCAAAGACAAGAGGAAGAGCUGAACCGCAUAAAACUUUCUUUAGAGGCCGAGUUCCGCACCAAGCAACGCUUACAAGAGGAGAAUGAGAGGGUGAAGAGAGAUUUAAAUUAUUGGAAAGAUCAAUGUGAUGGCAAACAAAGUUUGAUUAGACAGUUUGAUACAGAUAAGGAUGUUCUUGAGAGGGAAAAGAAAUCACUAAAGAGUGAAAUAGAGAGGUUGAUGAAAGAACUCAGAGAACUUGAGGUUACAUAUAAGAGUAAACUAUCGCUCCUCCAAAAACAACUGCAAGACACGACGGCUGUGAGACAGACCAUGGAAACUGAGCUAAAACGCACUAGAGAACCUCCAACCCUUAAUGCUUCCUCUGUGGUAUUUGAUGGAGUCCGCAAGCCAGUCACUGCAAAGCAAUUGCUUGACUGCAGAGUUUUAGACAAACCAACAUAUAACCAGCUUUUGACAGGACAUAAGACUGUUCCAGAAGUUUCUGCUGAGAAAAAAGUUCCAUUAAAAGGCACUGGGCCAAUAGCUGGGGUAAUAAUCGAAAGUCCAAAAAGUCCAGGGUCUAGCAAUAAGCCUCUUUGUAAACUGACAUUUACUGAAGCCAAGAAAGAAAACAUCCUUCCACCAGAUAGCAUUGAAUUGCUUCUUGAUGCACAAGCUGCCACAGGGCACAUCAUUGACCCAAGAACCAAUCAAAAGCUAACAGUGGAAGAAGCCUAUAAUCAAGGAGUUGUUGAUGAAGAAGACAGAGAAAGGUUACUUGCAGCAGAAGCUGCUGCAGUAGGAUACAGUGGACCUGGCACAAACAAACCACUGUCAGUGUUUCAGGCAAUGAAAAAGGGUAUCAUUGACAAAACCACAGCUCUGCGUCUGCUACAAGCCCAGGAGUCUGUUGGUGGAAUAUUGGAUCCUGUACUAAGUGUAUUUCUACCUAGAGACACUGCCACAGAGCGUGAUCUUGUUGAUGAUAACACAUGUUCUGCUCUAAAUCAGAGGCCGGAUCUCUAUCUAGACCCAGAAACUGAGAAAGGUGUGACCUAUAUGGCAAUGAAACGGAAAUGUAAAAUAGAGCCACAUACAGGUCUUCUUCUUCUCCCUGUUCCUGAAAAAGUGGAUCCCUCUAACCUUGUAUUUGAUGGUGUUCGAAAACCGGUCACUGCAAAGCAUCUGCUUGAUUGUCGUGUUCUUGACAAGCCAACAUUUAAAGAUCUAGAAUAUCGAAAGAGAACUGUACCUGAGGUGUCUGAAGACAUAAUCGUUAACUUAAAGGGAACUGGACCCAUAGCUGGUGUUAUAGUAAACGGUCGGCGUAAAAUGUCUUUAACCGAGGCAAAAAAGCAAAUGCUACUGACAGAUGAAUGUGCAGAUUUGCUUCUAGAAGCUCAGGCUGCCACAGGUCACAUAAUUGACCCAAAGGCCAACAAAAAGUUGACUGUAGAAGAGGCUUGUGCAAAAGGGAUAGUGGACAUAAAUGACCUAGAUAGAUUACUUGCUUCAGAAGCUGCAGCAACUGGCUAUAGAGAUCCUAGUGUAUCGAAGCCAAUCUCAGUGUUUGAGGCUAUGAAGAAGGGACUUGUAGAAGAUAUAAAUGGUUUACGACUGCUGCAGGCUCAAGAGUCAGUUGGAGGAAUCCUAGACCCUGGUCUUAGUGUAUUCCUACCGAGAGACACAGCUAUUAAGCGCAGACUUAUAGAUAAAAAUAUGUGUCAGACUCUAGACCAGAUACCUGAAGAUUAUAUUGACCCAGAAACAGAGGAACCCAUCAGCUAUCAAGCACUGAAGAAAAGUUGUAAAAUAGAGGCCCAUACAGGUCUGUUACUUUUACCUGUCACUGAAAAGUUGGACCCUUCUAAACUGAUCUUUGAUGGUGUGAGAAAGCCUGUUUCAGCAAAGGACUUAUUUGAUUGUGGGGUCAUUGACAAACCAACUUUAAGCAAACUAGUGAAGGGGGACAAAACUGUAGCUGAGGUUUCGGUAGAUAAAAAGAUCUUUCUAAAAGGAACAGGAUCAAUCGCUGGUAUUACAACAGGAUCCUUGGGAAAUUUUACUUUUUCAGAGGCCAAGAAACAGAUGCUUAUUCCCUCAGAGAGUGCAGAUUUGCUCCUGGAAGCACAGGCAGCCACAGGUCACAUCAUAGAUCCAAUUUCCAAUCAGAAACUGACAGUAGAAGAGGCCUGUGCAAGAGGAUUGGUGGACAGACAAGAUCAAGAUAAACUCUUAGCAGCAGAAGCUGCUGCUGUUGGAUAUAAAGAUCCUCAUACAGGCAAACCUUUAUCCGUAUUUGAGGCAUUAAAAAAAGGAUUAAUUGACAAGAAGACCGGCCUACGUUUCCUUCAGGCCCAAGAAUGUGCAGGGGGUGUUCUUGAUCCAAACCUCAGUGUUUUCCUGCCUAAAGACACAGCCAUGAAGCGAAACCUAUUGGAUGAAGAUCUCAGCCGUGCCCUCAACCAGAAUCCUGAUUGUUACCUUGAUCCAGACACAGAGCGGGAUGUAAGCUAUGGUGCUUUAAAGAAAAAAUGCAAAACAGAGCCUCACACUGGUCUGAUGCUUCUGCCACUUUCUGAGAGGAAGGAUCCAUCCAAACUGAUAUUUGAUGGUGUCCGCAAGCCAGUCUCUGCUAAACAAUUGUUGGAAUGUAGUGUCCUCGACAAACCAACAUUUAACAAGUUACUCAAAGGGGAGAAAACUGUCCCAGAAGUUUCUGCAGAUAAAAAAGUAUUUCUAAAAGGAACAGGAUCCAUUGCUGGUGUCACAGUGGGAUCAUUAGGAAAAAUGACCAUAUCCGAGGCCAAGAAACAGAUGCAUAUGCCCUCCGAGAUUGCAGAUUUGCUCCUGGAAGCACAGGCAGCCACAGGUCACAUCAUUGAUCCAAUUUCCAAUCAGAAACUGACAGUAGAAGAGGCCUGUGCAAGGGGAUUGGUGGACAGACAAGACCGAGAUAAACUCUUAGCAGCAGAAGCUGCUGCUGUUGGAUAUAAGGAUCCUCAUACAGGCAAACCUUUAUCCGUAUUUGAGGCUUUAAAAAGGGCAUUAAUUGACAAAAAGACCGGCCUACGUUUCCUUCAGGCCCAAGAAUGUGCAGGGGGUGUUCUUGAUCCAAACCUCAGUGUUUUCCUGCCUAAAGACACAGCCAUGAAGCGAAACCUAUUGGAUGAAGAUCUCAGCCGUGCCCUCAACCAGAAUCCUGAUUGUUACCUUGAUCCAGACACAGAGCGGGAUGUAAGCUAUGGUGCUUUAAAGAAAAAAUGCAAAACAGAGCCUCACACUGGUCUGAUGCUUCUGCCACUUGCUGAGAGGAAGGAUCCAUCCAAACUGAUAUUUGAUGGUGUCCGCAAGCCAGUCUCUGCUAAACAAUUGUUGGAAUGUGGUGUCCUUGACAAACCAACAUUUAACAAGUUACUCAAAGGGGAAAAAACUGUCCCAGAAGUUUCUGCAGAUAAAAAAGUAUUUCUAAAAGGAACAGGAUCCAUUGCUGGUGUCACAGUGGGAUCCUUAGGAAAAAUGACCAUAUCAGAGGCCAAGAAACAGAUGCAUAUGCCCUCCGAGAUUGCAGAUUUGCUCCUGGAAGCACAGGCAGCCACAGGUCACAUCAUUGAUCCAAUUUCCAAUCAGAAACUGACAGUAGAAGAGGCCUGUGCAAGGGGAUUGGUGGACAGACAAGACCGAGAUAAACUCUUAGCAGCAGAAGCUGCUGCUGUUGGAUAUAAGGAUCCUCAUACAGGCAUACCGUUAUCCGUAUUUGAGGCUUUAAAAAAGGGAUUAAUUGACAAAAAGACUGGCCUACGUUUCCUUCAGGCCCAAGAAUGUGCAGGGGGUGUUCUUGAUCCAAACCUCAGUGUUUUCCUGCCUAAAGAAACAGCCAUGAAGCGAAACCUAUUGGAUGAAGAUCUCAGCCGUGCCCUAAACCAGAAUCCUGAUUGUUACCUUGAUCCAGACACAGAGCGUGAUGCAAGCUAUGGUGCUUUAAAGAAAAAAUGCAAAACAGAGCCUCACACUGGUCUGAUGCUUCUGCCAGUCACUGAGAGGAAGGAUCCAUCCAAACUAAUAUUUGACGGCGUCCGCAAGCCAGUCUCGGCUCAACAAUUGUUGGAAUGUGGUGUCCUCGACAAACCCACAUUUAACAAGUUACUCAAAGGGGAGAAAACUGUCCCAGAAGUUUCUGCAGAUAAAAAAGGAUUUCUAAAAGGAACAGGAUCCAUUGCUGGUGUCACAGUGGGAUCCUUAGGAAAAAUGACCAUAUCAGAGGCCAAGAAACAGAUGCUUAUGCCCUCAGAGAGUGCAGAUUUGCUCCUGGAAGCACAGGCAGCCACAGGUCACAUCAUUGAUCCAAUUUCCAAUCAGAAACUGACAGUAGAAGAGGCCUGUGCAAGGGGAUUGGUGGACAGACAAGACCGAGAUAAACUCUUAGCAGCAGAAGCUGCUGCUGUUGGAUAUAAGGAUCCUCGCACCAGACAACCUUUGUCAGUGUUUGAUGCUCUAAAGAAAGGAUUAAUUGACAAAAAGACUGCAGUACGUUUGCUGCAGGCUCAGGAAUCUGCAGGGGGUGUUCUUGAUCCAUACCUGAGUGUUUUCCUGCCUAAAGACACAGCCAUGAAGCAAAACUUAUUGGAUGAAGAUCUCUGCCGUGCCCUCAACCAGAAUCCUGAUUGUUACCUCGAUCCAGACACAGAGCGUGAUGCCAGCUAUGGUGCUUUAAAGAAAAAAUGCAAAACAGACCCUCACACAGGUCUGAUGUUUCUGCCACUUGCUGAGAGGAAGGAUCCAACCAAACUGAUAUUUGAUGGUGUCCGCAAGCCAGUUUCUGCUCAGCAAUUGUUGGAAUGUGGUGUCCUCGACAAACCAACAUUUGACAAGUUACUCAAAGGGGAGAAAACUGUCCCAGAAGUUUCUGCAGAUAAAAAAGUAUUUCUAAAAGGAACAGGAUCCAUUGCUGGUGUGACAGUGGGAUCCGUAGGAAAAAUGACCAUAUCAGAGGCCAAAAAGCAGAUGUUUAUUCCCUCAGAGAGUGCAGAUUUGCUCCUGGAAGCACAAGCAGCCACAGGUCACAUCAUCGAUCCAAUUUCCAAUCAGAAACUGACAGUAGAAGAGGCCUGUGCAAGGGGAUUGGUGGACAGACAAGAUCGAGAUAAACUCUUAGCAGCAGAAGCUGCUGCUGUUGGAUAUAAGGAUCCUCGCACCAGACAACCUUUGUCAGUGUUUGAUGCUCUAAAGAAAGGAUUAAUUGACAAAAAGACUGCAGUACGUUUCCUUCAGGCUCAGGAAUCUGCAGGGGGUAUUCUUGAUCCAAACGUCAGUGUUUUCCUGCCUAAAGACACAGCCAUGAAGCGAAACCUAUUGGAUGAAGAUCUCUGCCGGGCCCUCAACCAGAAUCCUGAUUGUUACCUCGAUCCAGACACAGAGCGUGAUGCCAGCUAUGGUGCUUUAAAGAAAAAAUGUCAAACAGACCCUCACACUGGUCUGAUGCUUCUGCCAGUCGCUGAGAGGAAGGAUCCAUCCAAACUGAUAUUUGAUGGUGUCUGCAAGCCAGUCUCUGCUCAGCAAUUGCUGGAAUGGGGUGUUCUCGACAAACCAACAUUUAACAAGUUACUCAAAGGGGAGAAAACUGUCCCAGAAGUUUCUGCAGAUAAAAAAGUAUUUCUAAAAGGAACAGGAUCCAUUGCUGGUGUGACAGUGGGAUCCGUAGGAAAAAUGACCAUAUCAGAGGCCAAAAAGCAGAUGCUUAUUCCCUCAGAGAGUGCAGAUUUGCUCCUGGAAGCACAAGCAGCCACAGGUCACAUCAUCGAUCCAAUUUCCAAUCAGAAACUGACAGUAGAAGAGGCCUGUGCAAGGGGAUUGGUGGACAGACAAGAUCGGGAUAAACUCUUAGCAGCAGAAGCUGCUGCUGUUGGAUAUAAGGAUCCUCGCACCAGACAACCUUUGUCAGUGUUUGAUGCUCUAAAGAAAGGAUUAAUUGACAAAAAGACUGCAGUACGUUUCCUUCAGGCUCAGGAAUCUGCAGGGGGUAUUCUUGAUCCAAACCUCAGUGUUUUCCUGCCUAAAGACACAGCCAUGAAGCGAAACCUAUUGGAUGAACAUCUCUGCCGUGCCCUCAACCAGAAUCCUGAUUGUUACCUCGAUCCAGACACAGAGCGUGAUGCCAGCUAUGGUGCUUUAAAGAAAAAAUGUCAAACAGACCCUCACACUGGUCUGAUGCUUCUGCCACUUGGUGAGAGAAAGGAUCCAUCCAAACUGAUAUUUGAUGGCGUCCGCAAGCCAGUCUCUGCUCAGCAAUUGUUGGAAUGUGGUGUCCUCGACCAAUCAACGUUCAAAAAAUUGAUCAAAGGAGAAAAAACUGUUACAGAGGUAUCUCAAGAUAAGAAGGUGAAUCUAAAGGGGACUGGGGCUAUUGCUGGUGUUUUUUCUAGCCUCAGAGGUAAUAUUUCCUUGACUGAAGCUAAGAAACAGAGGAUCAUAUCAGAAGACAGUGCUGAUUUACUUUUGGAAGCCCAGGCUGCUACAGGCCAUAUUGUUGACCCUAAAACUGAACAGAAAUUGACUGUAGAGGUGGCAUGUAUUAAAGGAGUGGUGGAUUUCAAAGACCAAGCUAGACUCUUAGCAGCUGAAUAUGCUGCUGUUGGUUAUAAAGAUCAAUAUUCAGGAAGGUUAAUUCCAGUGUUUGAAGCCAUGAAAAAAGGAGUCAUUGAUGAAACAACUGGGUUACGCCUCUUACAGGCACAGGAUUCAGUUGGAGGAAUUCUAGACCCCACUCUUAGUGUUUUUCUACCAAAAGACACAGCUAUCAAGCGCAACCUUUUAGAUGACAAAGUCAUUCGUGCUUUAAAUCAAAAUCCUGCUUGUUAUCUUGACCCAGAAAGUGAAAAAAACAUAAGCUAUGGGGCUUUGAAGGCAAAAUGCAAUACAAAUACUCAUACUGGCCUGCAUAUUUUGCCAGUAUCUGAGAAGUUUGACCCCUCCAACUUAUUAUUUGAUGGCAUACAAAAGACAGUCACAGCACAACAGCUUCUAGAUUGUGGAGUUCUGGACAAAAAAACAUUUGGCCAGCUAAUACAAGGGAAGAAAACUGUCUCAGAUGUUUCUGUUGAUAUUAAGAUCUUUUUAAAGGGGACAGGCUCAAUUGCUGGUGUUGCUGCUGGGCCUCUUGGAAAAAUGUCCUUCACAGAGGCAAAGAAAGAGAAAAUAAUGUCUUCUGAAAGUGCCAAUAUGCUUCUUUUGGCCCAGGGAGCCACGGGUCACAUUAUUGACCCUAGAUCAAAUAAGAAACUUACAGUAAAAGAAGCAUGUGCCAAAGGACUUGUAGACAAAGAAGAUGAGCCAAUGUUGUUUGCAGCCGAAGCCGCUGCUAUUGGGUAUCGAGAUCCAGGCACUGCCACAUUUUUGUCAGCCGGCCAAGCCAUGAGAAAGGGAAUAAUUGAUAAAAAGACUGCACUACGCAUCCUUCAGGCUCAAGAAUCUGUUGGUGGAAUUUUGGACCCUAGCCUUGGUGUCUUUCUUCCCAAAGACAUUGCAAGGAAACGAAACCUUAUUGAUGACGACUUGCAUCAGACAUUGAAUCAGUCUCCUGAGUGUUAUCUUGAUCCAAAUACCCAACAACCAACUACAUAUGUAUCACUGAAGAAAAAAUGCAAAUCUGAUCCCAGCACUGGUCUUCUGCUUCUCCCUAAACCUGAACAGCAGAUAACUAUAAGGGGACUUAGAAAUGAGGUGUCUGUCAUUGAUCUGGUUGACGCAAACCUGCUAAACAAAUCAGAUGUGGACCAGCUGAAUGCAGGUAAACUUACAGGCCAAGAUAUCGAGGACCGCUUGCGGUCGUAUCUGGGAGGUUCCAAUUGCAUAGCAGGUGUUUACGAUGAAGCCAGUGAUAAAGUGCUUUCAAUCUAUCAGGCUAUGAAAAAUGACAUUUUGCGUCGUGGCACCACUCUAGAACUGCUUGAAGCCCAAGCUGCAUCCGGUUUUAUGAUUGAUCCUGUCAAAAAUCUUUUUCUGACUGUUGCAGAAGCCUCUAAAACAGGACUUUUUGGGCCGGAAUUUAAGGACAAACUUCUUUCAGCAGAAAAGGCUGUAACAGGUUACAAAAUACCCGGAACUGAACAGAUAGUAUCCCUUUUUCAAGCCAUAGAAAAUGGUCUAGUGGAGAGGGGUCAUGGCAUUCGUCUAUUAGAGGCCCAGAUUGCCAGUGGAGGCAUCAUUGAUCCCCAACACAGUCACCGCAUUGAUGUGGAUGUUGCCUACAAGAGAGGGUACUUCAAUGAGGAAAUGAACAAGAUACUGACUGAUGAGAGUGAUGAUACUAAAGGUUUUUUUGACCCCAACACACAAGAAAACCUAACCUAUCUGGAACUCAAAAAACGCUGUAUCUUAGAUAAGAAUACUGGGCUUGUCCUGUUACCAAUCAUAGACAAGAAGAAGAAGAAGAACGAGUCAAGCCAAAAGAAUACUGUAAGAAAGAGGAGAGUAAUAAUUGUGGAUCCAGAGACAGAUAAAGAGAUGACUGUACGUGAAGCGUACAACAAGGGGUACAUCGACUAUGAUACCUACCUGGAGCUGUCAGAGCAGGAGUGUGAGUGGGAAGAGAUCGCCAUCACAGCUGCAGAUGGUUCCAUACGGUUUGUUAUCACUGACAAAUCAACUGGAAGACAGUUUGACAUCAACGAUUUGCUUGAAAAAAAAGUAAUUGAUCAAUCUGUUGUGGAACAAUAUCGCUCAAAUGCUAUCACCAUCGCUCAGUUUGCAGAUAUCAUUAGUAACAAGACCAAACAUGAGACAUCAUCUGUAACAUCGUCGUUAUCAUCCUCCUCAUCAUCAAAUUUGACCCAAGAACAACCGGGCAGAUCAUCAGUUACAUCAUCAUUACAGAUGUCAACUUCUGGAACAUCAGCAUCUUUUAGCUCAUCUUUAGAAGCAACAUCAUUUCCAUCGUCUUCCUCCUCCUUUACUUCAACUCAAGUAUCGAGACCACUAUCUCCUACCUUUACUAAAACAACUACAACAAAAAUCACAACCAUAGAAAAAAGCUCCUCAUCCACCACGGUUUUUGAAGAAAUGCCAGACUCUCUAAAGCAGGUAUCCAGUGUAUCUGUCACUCUGCUACCUCCUCUAGAAGCAGUUGGUGGUGUGGAACCUGUAGGGGCCAUUUUUGACACAGAGACGUUAGAGAAGGUUUCUAUCACCGAGGCUUUUAAUCGGGGUCUACUAGAUUCUAUCACAGCCCAGAGAUUGCUUGAGGCACAGGCUUGCACUGGAGGCAUUGUCAAUCCCUCAAAUGGAAAGAGGGUCAGCAUCCAAGAGGCUUCCCGCAUGGGUAUAAUAACUAAUGAUAUGGCCACUAAACUCAAGCCUGCCCAGAAAGCCUUUUUUGGUUAUGAGGAUAUGAAGAUGAAUAGGAAGUUGUCAGCUGCUCAGGCCAUGAAGGAAAUGUGGCUGCCUUACGAAGCAGGCCAGAGAUUUUUGGAGUUCCAGGUUGCAACAGGUGGGCUUUAUGACCCAGAAAAAGGCUGUAGAAGAAGCAUCGAGGAUGCCAGGAAAAUGGGCUGGCUAGAUGUAAGAGGAGCACAAAAGCUCCAGGACAUCCAACAACAUACAAAAAAUCUAACCUGUCCUAAAAGCAAACUCAAAAUUUCGUACAAAGAAGUGCUUGAUAACUGUCUAGUUGAGGAGGGCACUGGGGUUAAAAUGCUUCAGGCAUCAUCUGUAUCUUCUAGAGGUAUCAGCAGUCCAUAUAAUAUUGCUUCAGCCCCAGGAUCCAAGACAGGGUCCAGGAGUGGCUCACAGAGGGGAUCACGCAGAAACAGUUUGGACCUGGGGCGCUCUUCGACACAGUACUUAACUAGCUUCACCAGCUUUUCCUCCACCAGAUAAAUCCAGAAAAGGCAAAGUCUUUCACAUGCAUCUACUUUCUCUUGUUUUGUUUUUUUUGUGUGUGUUUUUUUGUAAUUGUUUUUUUUUUUUUUUUUUUUUCAAAUUGGCAGUAGUUUUAAAUAUUGUUUGGGAAUUUACACGCAUUUUCUUUGUGUUCAGAAAAAAGUCCUACAAUUUAGCUCUGCUAUUACUCUUCUCUAAGUGUUUUAAAUAAAACAAACAUGAAGAAAAUAUACAAAAUAGUUGUGUAACAAUAAACAAAAGUAUUACCAACAGACAUCUUAAAGUUUGUAAAGAAAGAUUUUGGUAAAUUUUUUAGAAUAUUUCUUCAUUUUAUUGCUUAAUUUGUGUUUGCAUGCUGGAUUUUAAAAUGAUUAAUUUUCCAAAGUUUGAUAGUAUGCCAUUUUCUUUUCAGUCUCAAUAUUUUUAUAACCACCUUUUCUCUCAUGAAAAUUCAAAAUCCUAUGUUUUCACAAGAAUAUGUACUAAAAUGGGUGAAAGUAUUGGUGUUAUUUUCUUUUUUUAACUGAACAAGUUGCCUUAAAUGGUUGUCUUCCGAUUAGCACAAUAUAUCCUGUUCAACUUGUUUUCAUCAUUUAAUAAUUCACAAAUUAUUAAAUUUACUCUGGUAAAUUUGAAACCAA